AUGUCUUCUCUGUCGCCCAUAGAGAGCACGACGUCAAGCGCUACACUCAGCAGCAGCAGCUCAACGUAUACCUCUUCGUCUGGGUCCUCAUCCUCGGCCCCUUCAUUCAGCAGUGCCAGUUCGAGCCAUAGCAUCACGAGCAGUAACUCAAUGAGUACAUCGAGCGAAUCGACUUCCUCAGCUUCUAGUAGUUCCAGCAACCGCGAGACUUCAAGUCAGGCGACCACACCGGCUUCUACCACUUCCACUCUGGAAUCUUCCAUCUCGUCUAGCUCCCUUAGCGACACCUCGGUCCAGUCACCGGCCACCACCAUAUCGCCUACUACCGGUGGAAGCGGGAGCUCUACCACUACUCCUUCGUCAGUCUUUGAACAGACCUUGUCGAGCAGCCAGACUAUCUCAUCGCCCUUCGCGUCUGCCGAUGCCUCAUCGUUUGCCCCUGAACAAACCCCGUCAGUCGAACCAAGUAUCUCUUCAUCAUCAACCCCGGCCGGUGCUCUUCCUAGAUCCUCCACGACUGAUGUUGCUUCCACCUCCCUCGGGCAGCCCUCGUCGAGUGACCCUGUUCUUUCAUCCUCUGCUCAGGCCACCACCAGCACCCGUCCUCCAGGGGCGACAAGUGUUGCUGUUCUCAGCCUUAACCCUGUGCCUUUCGAGACGGUGUAUGAUAUCCAGCCUUUUGAGGCCGUUAUCGUUGCACUUCCUAAUGCCAACGGCAACUCCGAGCAGUUCGUUAUCGAGUCUCGGGGCUGCCGAGGUGUUCCCGCUGGAGAUUCUCCGUUCGAGGAAACUGUUAACCCGCCCAACGCUGCGUCUUUGCCUCUUUGCGCGGUCGCUUGCGUUUCCCGGCAAAUCCCGCUCGCCGGUGUCAUCAGGGGUGUCUGCUUCUGCGGCUCGACAAUGAAGAACCUCCCACUCAUUCCUCCCGAACAGUGUGCAGCAGCAACUGCUGCUGCUGCCGCUGGUUCCAGCAAACGUCGCCGUCACUUCUUCAGACGGCAAGCCGGCACGUUCGAUCCCGCCACCAUCAUUGCCAUUACCCCGGCCAGCCAGGUUGAUCUCGUUGCUGCUACCACAACCUUGACCCCGUCCAGCCUGUCUUCGCUCCCGACCAAUACCGACACAAACCUUGUCUUCAAAAACUCUACCAGCGCCCGAACGACCGUUGGCAGUACCUCCACAACAGUUGCUAGUAAUUCUUCGGGAACCUCGUCUACUUCGAGGGUUUCAUCUACUUUGGGGACCUCAUCUGCUUUGGGGACCUCAUCUACUUCAAGAACUUCAUCCACUUCGGGAACUUCGUCCGUGUCCACCUCUAGAACCUCCUCCGAUACGACAUCUAGCGGUAGCUCGGUCACACCGUCUUCCACUUCCCUCCCCUCUACACUAGCCACCGAUAGCGUGAGCACCGCCUCCAGUUCUACCCCCAACACCUCUCCCGCCGUCAGCCUGGGAUCCAGUCUUACCUCUGGCGGUACCACUUCUUUUCCCACCACCGUUUCUGUCCCUGGUCUUUCGGCCAGUGCUUCGACAACUGUCAACUCGAUCAGCCCCGCACCACCCGGCACUUCUAGCGUUGUCCCCAACCCUCCGAGAGUUGGCGGUUUUGCGCUUUUGGGCUGCUUUAGCUCGACCACAAACUUCCCCACGUUCCAGUUGGUCUUGUCCGACCCUGCCUUGACCAUCGAGAAGUGUACCGCCGCUUGCCCUGCUGGCAAGAGAUAUUCUGCCAUGUUUGGUACCGACUGCUACUGUGGCGACAUCGUCAACAACUCCCAGACCGCCCUCGUGUCCGAGAAUCAGUGCAACCUUGCCUGCUCGGGUAACCCGGCGCAGCGCUGUGGUGGUCGUGCUGUUUCCGUCCGUUUGGCUCGCCGCCAGGCCAACCUUCCCGCCAAUGCCCGCCUCACUGUCUACGUCCGUCUUGACUUCACUCCAACGACUAUUGCUGUCCCGACCAGCGGCGUAGGGGCUCUCACCCUGCCUCCUGGUCUUUAUACGGUUGGUGCUGCCACUCCUAGCGGCCAGGUCUGCCGUGUCGUCACCCGAUCCUGGGUUAUCGGCCAAACAUCAUUGCUCCCGGCAUUACCUAUGCCUGCUGCCUGA